GCGCGCGCGCAGCUACAGACCGCGAGAGAUCGGCGUCACCUCGGUCCGGACACACCGCGGACCUGAUCCAGGGUUAUUGUCUCACAGCGCGGAUCUUCUUUCACUAACAGACUGGAUUACUGAGCGAGUUCUCCAUCUCCUCAUCUACACCUCACAUCCAUCUGAGUGGAUUAUAUAAACAAACAAGCUGCUGGAUUUUCUGCUACAAACCGGAUUAAACACUGAGACUCCUGGGAUUCAGAUCCUGCAGCUCCACAGAGGAGAAGAUCGGACAGCAGAUUCGGAGAUUUGGCGCUGACGUCAUGGCCGCCACUCUUUGAUCACCCGAGACGCCGCUCGAACCCACCGCCGCAUCCUCACCUCCCUGUCUGAGCUGCACCCAUCUGAUCAGAAUGAAGAGCAGAGUUCCGGCGUUCCCGUCGUUCCCGCUGUGUGUGGUGACGCUGCUGUUCGUCCUCCAGCACUGUGGCGCCAUCCGAUGGCUGGCUCUGUCCCAAAUCAACGAGCACAUCAAUAAGACGCAGCAGUGUAAGACGAUCCCCGGCCUGGUCUCCUCUCAGGCUCAGCUCUGCCGCACCAACCUGGAGAUCAUGCAUGUGAUCGUCCAGGCCGCCCGCGAGGUCAAGAAGACCUGCCAAAAAACCUUCGCCGACAUGCGCUGGAACUGCUCGAGCAUCGAGGCGCCCAAAUACCUGCCCGACCUGGAGAGAGGAACGCGGGAGUCGGCGCUUGUUUACGCUCUCUCCGCCGCGGCCAUCAGCCACACUAUCGCACGGGCGUGUACCAGCGGAGAUCUGAGACUGUGUGCGUGUGGACCCAUACCGGGCGACGCCCUCGAACCUGGGCACCGGUGGGGCGGCUGCGCCGACAACCUCCAGUACGGUCUGAUGAUGGGGUCAAAGUUCUCUGACGCGCCCAUGAAGAUAAAGAAGAAAUCGGGAACCCACGCCAACAAGCUCAUGCACCUGCACAACAGCGAAGUGGGGCGACAGGCGCUGAAAGACGCCCUGGUGGUGAAGUGUAAGUGUCACGGCGUUUCGGGCUCCUGCUCCAUCAGGACGUGCUGGCGAGGGCUACAGGACCUGAAGGAAAUCGCUCAGGACCUGAAGUCCAAGUACCUGUCGGCCACCAAAGUGGUUCAUCGUCCGAUGGGAACCCGGAAACAGCUCGUCCCCAAAGACAUCGACGUGCGGCCGGUGCGGGAGAACGAGCUGGUGUACCUGCAGAGCUCGCCCGACUUCUGCACCAGGAACGAGAAGCUGGGGUCUGUCGGCACCCAGGACAGGCAGUGUAACAAGACGUCGAGCGGGAGCGACAGCUGUGACCUGAUGUGCUGCGGGCGUGGCUAUAACCCCUACACGGACCGGAUCGUGGAGCGCUGUCACUGUAAAUAUCACUGGUGCUGCUACGUCACCUGUAAGAAGUGUGAGCGGACGGUGGAGCGCUACGUCUGCAAAUAAACCCCCGAGAAACGGAACCCCGCCCCACAGAUCUGAGCUCCUGAUCCACACCGGGCGUCACUCACCACACGACUGUUUUUAUUAUCGGAGGUUUUUUUGGUACGUUUCCGGGUCGCGGCUAACCGAAGCGCUAAGCUACUACGCUAAACAGGACUUACCGUCGUCCGAAGCUUUUCUUACCGUCGAAUUUCUCAGUUUAUAAAGAAACGGUUUCUUCUGCGCUGUGAAUAUCGCUAACGAGCGUAUCACUAACGAACGAGCGUGUCACCACGAGCGACUCGGACGACUCCAGUUUUUACGUUUCAUUACGAACUAAUUCAGAUUUUUGAGAGUUUAUUUUCGUAGACGAUAAUAAAAACACGCCGAUAUUUGGGGUCAAAUUUGUAACUGAGCCUCCAAAAAG